AAAACCCUAUCCACUUUACUCUAAACCUCCAUUGCCUUCGUCUUUCUUCCUCAGUCGCCCUACAAUGGCCUUGCCUUUGUCUGGCACGCGCCACCUCACGCGCGCUCUUCUCUCUAAUGUCACCGUAAUAGCUCCUCCUCGGGUUCCUUCCUCUGUUCACUGCGGUGGAUCUCGGUUUGGUUACUCGACCCGGUUUUUCUCAAUCCGAUGCGGAGCUAACCGGUCAGGCUCUGCUUACUCGCCGCUUAACUCUGGCUCUAACUUUAGUGAUCGGCCUCCGACGGAGAUGGCUCCUUUGUUUCCGGGAUGUGAUUAUGAGCACUGGCUUAUUGUUAUGGAUAAACCUGGCGGCGAAGGUGCGACGAAGCAGCAGAUGAUUGAUUGUUAUAUUCAAACUUUAGCUAAAGUUGUUGGAAGUGAGGAAGAGGCGAAGAAGCGAAUCUACAAUGUUUCGUGCGAGAGGUAUUUAGGGUUUGGCUGUGAGAUUGAUGAAGAGACAUCGACUAAGCUUGAAGGUUUACCCGGUGUACUGUUUGUGCUUCCAGAUUCCUAUGUGGAUCCUGAAAACAAAGAUUAUGGAGCUGAACUGUUUGUUAAUGGAGAGAUAGUCCAACGAUCACCAGAGAGGCAGAGGCGAGUUGAGCCGCAGCCGCAGAGAGCCCAAGAUAGACCAAGAUACAAUGACAGAACUCGUUACUCUCGCCGCAGAGAAAACACAAGAUGAACUGUAACUGAAGAAGGUAUACACACACCCUAUCAAAUAAAAGAAAAGCCAGUAGGAUGAUGAUGAUAAUGGUGGUGCUGAUGAGGAUGGUAAUGAUAUUGCUACUGCCAGGCGAAGAUUCCGUGUCGCGGUCCUUUGCAGUUGAUGGACUUGCGUUGGAUAUUGUUGAAACGCUAAGUUUUGAUUCUAUGUAACAUUUUUAUAUACAGUAAUAAUGUAAAUCGAGGUUUCACUGUUUUAGGAAAAAGAUAUCAAAAUUAGUUUCUUUGUAAGAACAAAAAAAUGUUUCUUUU